AUGGCCACGACGUCCAAGCAACAAUCACGAACAUAUGAGCCAUCCUUGCCCAAUCCUGCCCUCUUCACAAACGAGAAGCAUGAGAUCUACCUUGCCGAAUCACCGGAGCUGAAACCGAAGCCUGAUGAAUGUAUCGUCCGCGUUCGUUGCAAUGGAAUCUGCGGAUCCGACAUUCACUUCUGGAAGAGCGGACAGAUCGGAACGCUCAAAGUCAGCACUGACUACGUGCUCGGGCACGAGGCUUCAGGCAGCAUUGAAUGGAUCGGCGAAAACGUCACGCAUCUCCAAGUCGGUGACCGCGUAGCCAUCGAGCCUGGAGUGCCAUGCGAGCAAUGCUUCCAGUGCUCGGCGGGCCAAUACAACCUCUGUCCUGACGUCCAGUUUUCCGGCGCUCCGCCCUACCACGGGUCCAUCAGGCGUUAUCAUGUCCAUCCAGCAAAGUAUCUCCACAAGUUGCCUGACAUGAUGAGCUUUGCUGAUGGUGCGCUCUUGGAGCCUUUGAGCGUGGUUCUGCAUGGAUUUGAGCGCAGUCCGGUGCGGCUAGGAGAAUCGACCGUGAUAUGCGGCGCCGGGCCGAUUGGACUGAUUGCUCUGGCUGCUGCUCGAGCUUCGGGGGCUUACCCACUCAUUAUCACGGAUGUGGACGAGAACCGGCUCCAGUUCGCGGAGAAGUUCGUGCCAGGGUGUAAGGCUGUUCAAGUGGUUCCGGAUAAGACUCCAGCAGAACUAGGUGCUGUCAUCAACGACUGCAUCAGAGAGGCAGGCGGUGAACAGCCUAGAGUGGUGUACGAAUGCACCGGCGUGCAAAACAGUGUCGUAACAGCAAUUCACAUCCCACGAGCAGGUGGUGAGGUUAUGGUUGUAGGAGUCGGCAGACCUACUAUAGAUGGAUUGCCAUUUAUGCAUGCCUCUUUGUCGGAGAUCGACCUCAAAUUCAUCAACCGCUACCAUCACUCUUGGCCAACGGCCAUCAGACUGCUGUUUUCAGGCUAUCUUGACCUCAAACCACUUGUCACGCACAGAUUUGCGCUGGAAGACGCGGUUGAAGCACCCACGUCUUCUGCGGAUCGAACAACAGGCUCCAUAAAGGUUCACAUAGAAGACAACAAGGAGUAA